CUCUGUUUUGUCUGUUGUGAACAAUCCAUCCAUGGCGGUCAACUUGUGGUGUGUGGUUGCGGGAGUUUCGACAACGUAGAAAAUUAGUCGUAUCUCCUUGUCACCUUCAGAACUUUUACGGCAUGUCUGAAGACAACUUCCCAACAUCAAAUGGAUGCCUGGAAGACGCAGAGGGCGACAUUCACGAGGCUUCUGACAAAAAAGAGGACAGCGCUACUCGCGGAUCACUUAUGCUUCAGCUGAGCGGUGGGUUUACUGAAGAUGUAUAUUCCGUAGUGGAGUCAGUACCAGGAACACAAAACACAUCUUCAAAUGAAAACUCUGACCUCCUGAAUUACGAGCCACACCUAUCCAGCACCCCAAUCAUGGACGAAGAUGUUGCUACACCAGAGCGGAGAAAGUCUGAAGAGCGGCAGGGAAAGAGACGUACGUCGACGUCGGACGUGGAGUCUAGUCCCGCAGCAAAACGUUGGACUCCAAUCGAACCCAGAACUCCGUCUGAGCUCCAACCGCAUCGGGAGGAGGAGGUGGAAUCAGCUCCAACAAACUUGGCUCUCGACAAUCAGGACAAGAACGAAGGACAAGACAUGACUGUCGUCCACGCAACUGUCGAGGAACCCACGUGCAUUCCUGAAGAACCAGUACCCAUUAUAAGAACGACGCAGCCAAGUGCCUCCCCCCUGGCAGCCCACACCAGAAACGGCAGCACUCAGCAGGAGGCCAAACCUCACCCUCGUCCCGUUGAUCUGAGUCCGGCAACCUCCGCACACGACUCCCUGGAUCUGUCUCAGCAUGCGCAGGAUGGGCAGCGGGCACAGAGCACCGUGACAUCCCGAGAGACUCAUCCGAAGGAAGUAAGAGGAGGGUUUUUCCGCACACCGGGCCGACCCUUGCAGAGUGACAGCCAGUCCAGCAGCUCCACUGAUCCACCGGUGCUCUUCCCGAGACGACCGUUCCUCACUGAACAGCCGAAUCCUGCAAAAGAACAAGGACAGUAUCCUCCCCAUGGAUACCUGCUUGUGGAAGAGACAACUAGGGUAAUGCGGGAUAGGAUCGUCUACAGGGACGGAAAGAUAUGCGGAGAACACAGCAGAGUGAUGUCCAGAGAGACCAAGUCCUACCUCGUCCUGGAAGAGAACUACAUGAGCUUCCUCAGGAGUGACGGGCUGCUCUUCCGCGUCAACCACGACCCACUUACGACCUCGAGCAGCAACCUGGCCGACAUUAGUUCCUCCUCGUCGCCGCCGGGGGCAGUGUCGUCUAAAAUGUUCGAGAAGCAGCUGGGGCAAACGCUGUCGCAACCAACGUCAGUCUUGGCGUCCGAAGAUGCGCUGCUCGAGCAUCCCUUGCCUUCAAAGGCUGCAGCGCUCGUGGCUUCCGGGGACGACGUCGAAACCUGGGUUCCAGACACACCUCAGGACAGCAGUACAGAAAUCUUGCCUGGAAAGGCAGUGUUUGCAUCUUGGGGUGACCACUACUUCUACCCGGGAUCCAUCAAGCAGAUCGUCUCUGACAAAAAGUGUCUGGUGCAGUUCUUGGACGAGGAGCACGAAAGGGAGGUCGGCCACGGAUCCCUUCUGGUGAUACCUCGCUUGCCACGUGGCCAGAGCGUCAUGGUCAAGUCCUCGGACGACUACUACGACCCGGCAAUAGUGCGGGACUACUACCGGCAGGGUUCCGAAGUUGGUUAUGUCGUCGAGAUGGACGACGGAUCUCUAUCCAGACGGCCGAAAGCGGAGGUGAUCAUGUCGCGCGACCAAGUCAUUGCAGCUGGUCUCAAGCCACACAGUUCUCCUCCACCUCCAGGGGAACUUAGCUUAGACAAUAUAGUGGACGGCAAGCGUAGACACGCCUGCAAAUGGGGCAAGCGCUACGAUCGAAUCACUCACCCAGAUCCAAACCUAGCUCGCAGUGCUGCAGAAAGCAGUACAGACACGAGUCAGGCGUCAUUUGCAAAGAAGGCCAAGCUCUCCACGCCCACCAAGAAGAGUCCGGCGUUCGCCAAGAGGACCCUGAAGGGCACACCGAAAAAACAAACACCCAAAAAGGAGGAUUUGACGAAGAAGUCGCCGGUGAAGUCCACGCCAAGCCCGAUUGGGAGAGGAAUGACAACCAGGUGCAGGGGACGGCCAUCGGCUGAAGGAACGAAGCUAUUUGCAGACAUAGCAUUCCUGCUGUCAGAAGCAGACAAGCGAGACAAGCAGAACAUGUCUCUCAACAUGAGCCUGGAUGAAGACAUGGGUGACAUAGCGUUUGACAAGAAGGAACUCCGCAAGCUUUUAACCCAACAUGGAGGCAUAGUGCUAGACACGUUCGAGGAAGCGCAAGAGACAACUGCAAAGAAAAUCUAUCUCCUAGCCAUGACCCAGAUGCGUACGCUCAAGUACGUCCAGUGCCUGGCUUCGGGCAUUGAAUGCCUGUCUCACAUGUGGGCCAUCAAUGCAGUUAACGCUGGGGAGCUCCCUAAGAUUAUAGGGUACAUCUUGCCUGCUGGGUACAGUAUCAUUAAGGAUCAGCUCAUAGAUUGGCACUACAAGCACUCUGUCUUCGACAAGAAGACUGUCCUAGUGACUUCCGGAAAGCCAGCCUUCAUUACGACCUGGAGCAGUGUUCUUGUUGCUGCAGGGGCAACUGUUGUUCAUAAGUUCCCGGCUAAGCUGCAAGGUGGGGUGCGGCAGAGCGUCCAGUCUCUGAAGGUGUCCUACCUGGUGACCGACAGCACGUGCCACCCAAAACACCUAGGGCGGGCAAACACCCUGCGGGUAAAGGCAGUCUCCUCCGAGUGGGUCAUUCAGUGCCUUAUCCACGGCACACUGCUUCCCACUGACGGACAUCCAAAGUUCAAGUACUCCUACACGGAGCGUUAGCCUUGCCGAAAGGACUGCAAACAUAGUUCACAUUUCACUUCGUCCUUAAGGCCGCACGAACCAUCUCUUCGAGGGGGACGCGUGGGGGAUUUCUUCUCUCUUGUCUUAACGUUUUUAGAUUGCGAGCAGAAAAAUACUGUCUGAAGCAGACCCGCAAUGUCUCGGUGUUGAGAGCUACUUUCAUUAAGUUUUUAUCGGUUUUUGUUUUCGUUUGCGGAGAGGUUUGAGAAGCGUCGGACACGGACCGUUGUGUCCUUAACUUCUCUCUUCCUGCACUAUCUUGCGCUGUCCUCAUUUUCUGUCCUUCUCCUCCAUCAUUACAUCUUCCGAUGCCUUGCCCCAUCUGGUCCUCAUAAGAAUGAACUGCUAAGAACGUUAAGGUAGUAACAUGUACAGUAUUGAAUUCACAAGUUGCACAUGUCCGUUUCCUUGUCUCAACAUUAGUGUUAUGUACCUGAUAAAAGUUUCAUUGCUUCUACAUACAGAUAUGUGCCGACAGUAUUGAGUGUCUGUGUUAUGACGCAUGCAAUGACAUCGGACAAAUUAUUACAACAUAAAAUGGGUACGUAUCAAAAGAAAACCCAGCAGAACACGUUCACUGCGUGCCUUUCAUUAAUUCAAUAAUUGCGCUCUAUGAAAAACAUGCCAAACCUGCAACUUUGAAACACUGCGGGUCUGCUUCACGGUUCUAUACUUUGCGAGGUUUUUAAAAAUGAAAACUACGUGAAAAAAAAAAAUGCCUUAAGUGCUACCAGUGUACCUCGGUACAUUAUAAGACUGUUCAGUCCAGAGCACUGCAUGAAAACGAGCCCGACCCAAGGACUUGGGUUCGUACGUGACAGUGGUUUUGACUUGGGAUGAAGCCCAGGCGCAGGUUUAGUCUGAUCAUUUUUUCUCCUGCCCAAUUUGUGCUCGAGCUUUUGACAGUUGCUCUUCCACGUGAUGUCAGCCGAACGGAUCACACAAAUCUGGCAUGCUGGGCUUGGGUAGGGAAAAAAAGGUAGGCUGGUGCAGUGCCCUCAUCCAGUCUUGAUACCCGUGUGAGCGGCCCACUGUUGAGAUGUACCAUAUUCACGAUGUAACAGUUCCAUAACACGGAUAUGUCUGUGGCUGUCAUAGUCAUUCCAUGAACUUGUGCAACGUUCUGCAUGCCGACAACUCCGCAGCACCGGAACCCCCCCGAGAGUGCUGCGGCGGAGUAUUGUUUGUACCUUUCAUUACACCUCGGGGACUUUUAAAAGGAACGGGCCGAGAGAGAGUCUCGCUUCUGGGCUGGCUUUUAAGCUGGUUUAGGUACCUUUUAGCUACUUGUGUCAUCAUAUAUUUUUUAUGCAUUUCUUCCUUGUGGUGAGCAUGUUUAAUAAUCGAAAGUGUAUAUGAAAAAAAAAAAUAUGGAAUUGUCUUUGGCAGUGUGAGAGAUUUUACAUUACAAAUACAAGAUCUAAAUAAAUUUUGUGAUCUGCCACA